AUGGAUUUCAUUAAAGAAGCCAUAUGUGAUAAUAAUGAUGAAGUGUAUAAAUACCUUCUCGGCUGGAUUGCAUCAAUGAUUCAACAUCCCGGAAUCAAGAAUGAAACAGCAAUUAUUUUGAAAGGACUUCAGGGAACAGGUAAAAACAGAUUCACGGACAUUAUUUCUGAACUUCUCGCUGGUUAUUCAUGUAAAAACAUUACCGAAAUAGGUGAGCUAACGGGUAAUUUCAAUUCAGUAGUUGAGAAUAAAAUGUUUCUUGUACUUAAUGAACUCAAGAAUGUUGGUGAAGAUAGACUCGCAAACUUCAACGCUUUGAAAUCAAUUAUAACGGAUAAUGAGAUUAGAAUUAAUGAAAAGAAUCAACCCGGAAGAACUGCACAGAACGUUGCAAACUUCAUUUUCGUAACUAACAACGUCUACCCUGUCAAAAUUGAAGUUGGAGACAGAAGAUACGUAGUUUUAAGGGUUAAUGGUAAAUUCAAGGGUCAAUUUGAUUACUUCAAGAAUUUGAUGGAUUCAUGCACAAAGGAAUUUUAUGAUAAUUUACUAACAUAUUUUAUGCAAUAUGACCUUUCAUCAUUUAAUGUACGAAUCAUACCGAUGACUGAAGCCAAACAAGAUUUAAUUGAAUUAUCAACAAAUCCUUUAGAUGUAUGGAUAAAUACACAUUAUGAUGAAUUGUGUGCAGGUAUGACGUGUGAAAAUGCUCUAUUCUGCAAACCAUCAGACAUGAAAGACAAAAACUUUCAAAUGAGUAUUAAGGAUAAAUGUGAUAAGAAACAGAGAAGAAUAGAUGGUAAACAAACAUGGUGUUAUGUUUUGAAAGAAGAAAUGAAAGGAUUAUAUAAACAGGUUGAACCAAACGAUAAUGAGGAUUCAUUUACUGACGAUGAAAUACCUGUAAAUGAAGCUUUAUAA